CUUUUGUCCGUACAGCAACAACAAUUAAUAACAUAAUAUCUCGUAUAAUGUUAUGAACCUACAGUACCAAAACAAGUUUGCAUUUAGUUUUUGUCUAUUACUACACUAGAAAUCAUUUUUUAUUAUUAUUAUUUUUUUUUUCAAACAACACAUACAAAAUAUCAUAUUACUGGUGAGUUAUUUUUACAUUAUCAUAAUUUUUUUAAAUCAUAUUUUGAUUUAUCACACGUGCUCGCGUGAGAGGACUGUAUUAUAGGCUACAUCAUAUGGCUGGCCUACAUACCAGGCAUUUGCCGAAUGUUAUAAAUCCUUAUAAAAUUAAAAAGCUGUCCUGGAAUAAUGGAAAUGAGUGCAGCCACUGUUGUAUGUGGGAAAUUGGGAAGGUAUGAUAUAGACGAGAAUUUAAUGUAUAUAUAUCCACAACAGUAAACCAUUACUAACGAAAAAAUGAUUCCGAGUUCAGUUGAUAGUGUUGCUUUAUCAACAAUAUAUAUGUCAUAUUAUGGUAAAAUAAUUACAUAUGUAUUUUUUUUAGUAAUAUUUAUUUAAUUUCGUACCUAUUUCCAUGUUUUUCCCCAUUUUCCUCGGGUUUUUUCCUAUUUUUUUCCAUUUGUUCGAAAAAUCAAAAAAUGAUUUCCCUAAAGUACAUCUCCAGUCAAAUUUUCUUUCAAAAAAAGUGCCAUCAUUAUUAACUAGAAAAAAAUUGAUAGCAGAAAAGUUAUCUACAGAAAAAAAAAAUAAAUAGACAUUAUUAUAAGACCAAUACAUCCCUCGCUCCACUCGGAAUCUAAAAUGCAAGUUUUUGACCUUUUCAAAUGUAUUAUUAUACAAAUAUUUGUUUCAUUUAUUACAAUAAGGUGAGUUUUUCGUGACAUUUUAGGUUUCAAAGUACAUUCUUAGUUAAUAAUGGCAUUUAUUUGUAUUGUAUUUUAGAUUUUAAGCGAAGCAAGGAAUUGGUUUAUGUAUUGGUUUUACAAUGAUAAUAAUUUUUAUCAAAAAUAUUACUCCGGGGUAUUAAGUUUUGCACCUUUCCUGGAAGUAAAUUUUAUCUAGUUGUUACUUUUAGCAGGUUAUUUUUUAAUUUUUCGAACUGUUUUCAUAUUAAUUGGUAAAAACGAAAAAAUGAAAACUGAUAAAUUUACGACGUAUGAUUUCUUUUUUUUAUAUUUGUACAGCCAGUAUUUUUACCACUAUAAGUGUUCUAAUAUAAAAACAACAAGAUACCUCUUUUAUUGAAUUUCGAAUUUAAUUGGUGAAUAAGAAAAGUCGAUUUUUUUAUAAUUGAGAAAAACCGAAAAACGUAAAAAGAACGGGAAAAAUUAUGAAAAUAAUGCUUUUAUUAUUUUCAAUUUUUUUUUUUUUUUCUGUAAUUCAGUUAAAAAUAUUCUUAGAGAUUAUUGUAGUGUUCUUUUUUUAACAAGUGUUUUAAUGUCAAUUAUUAAGUCGUAAAUAUUACGGCUUUUCAAAAUUUAUACAAUCGAAUUUGGCUUUAAAUCGUUUUUUAUUAGCAAUGGUUUAUCGUUCCUUAUAGAUGUAAAUUAAAUAGCUAUUUGCAUCUUACCCUCCCGACUUCCCAUACUUUUACAUACGUAUUAAACAAUACUUCAUUCAAAAUUAUCUAUGACUAUUGAAUUAAUAAAACUUAACUUAGGCCAAUGGAGAAAAAGCCGAAGUUUCUUGGGCCCCUCCCUUAAAUCCACCACUGGAUAAGAAUUAAAGAUAUUGUGCUAUCACAUAAGAUUGCGUAAACUUGUUUUAAAAUGCUUCGAUAUUGCGAGAACAAAAAUCUGUAUAGGUCUAGUAUAGAGAAUAGACGGCCUAACUUUUGUUUAUUAGUUUUGGGUACACCACUUUUUUGUAUUAAUGGAAGUUAUAUUUCUCUUUCUAUAUUGUUCUGUUGUAAUAUACAAUGCCACAACGAUUUUGUCCAUAGAUAUCAUUGACAAUAAAAUUAUCAUUAAUAUUUGAUAUUAAAAUUAAAUUACAUUUUUAUUAGUUGAUAUUUAAAUUUAUUUAGUAUUAUUUACUAAGUAGUUUUAAGAUUAAAGUUAAGUUCAAAUCUAAAUUAUUAAACAGUUUUUUAAUUUACAAGCUAAACCAAUGUUCUAAUAACUAGAAAGUCCAACAAAAUUGCCUUAAUAAUAAUUGCCCAAUAAUGGUGUAGUGCAUCUGUAAAAGUUACAAAUUAAUAAAUGCAAUAAAAAUUCUAAUUUCAUAAAUAAUUAUACCUAUGGUAUAUAAGUGAAAAUCUUAAUCAGAAACCUGUUUAACUCAUUUCGUGGCGGUUUCCUCACUGCUUCAUAUCAAAAAAAAGACGGACAUACUUCGUACGAUGGGUGCAAUCACUAUUAUUAAAGAGAAAUUGGGAAGGUAGGAUAUAGUGGAGAAAUUAAUUUGUAUCUCUAAGCAACGAUAAACCAUUGUUUACUAAAAAUGAUUCUGAGCGGAGUUCAAUUGAUAGUGAUGCUUUGGCAACAAUAUAUAUGUCAUAUUACAAUAAAAUAAUUAAAAAGGCAUUAUAUAUUUUCUUUAAUAAUAUUUGUUUAAUAUUGUACCGUUUGCCCGUUUUUUCUACGUUAUCACACUUACUGGGAAAAAUUUUGUGAAAAUCGAAAAGUGACUAAAGUACUCUCCCAGUGAAUUUUCCUUUCAGAAAAAGUACUGUCAUUGUAAAUUGGAGAAAAAUUGCUGGUAGAAAAGUCGUCUACAGAAAAAAAAAAUCGUUUUACUAAUAUAUUUCGUACAUUUUCCUGUUUUUCUCACUUUUUCCCUUUUAUUGGAAAACUGCCGGGAAAAUCAAAAAGUUACCCCCUAAGUAAUACCCCAAGAAAAUUUCCUUUUAAAAAAAGGGUCUACAUCGUAUACAUCAGAGUAAGCUUUCUGGUAGAAAAAAUGUUUACAUAAAAAAAAAGAAAAGAAAUAAACAUCUUUGUAAAACACAUACAUUGUUCACUACACUCAGAAUCUAAAACAUAUUUCUUUGAAUACAUCUAGGUAUUCUUAAAAAACCAUCGAUUCCUAUAGGUAAUCUUCAAAUAUUUUAAAUACAAACUGUAUAAAGUAAAUUAUAUUGUCAUCGAAUAUAACUUGAAGUGGUUUUUAGUAUUAAUUAAACACAAUAUUAUUUUAUCAGUAUUGUUAAUAACUAUUAAAUAUUUUAAAUGCUAUGAAAUUUAUAUUUGAAACAUCAAACACGUGCAAUGCAUGUUAUUUUUAUGAAUGAAUGAACUACCUAUAUUACGGAAAAUAAAGUGGCUAAUACACAAAAUAUUAAUUUCCCAUAAUACGCGUUAUUGAGUAUAUCAUUGUUUAAACAAUAAUUGAACUUAUCUCUUGAGUCGUCGUUUUAAUUGAUUAUUAUUUAUAGUAUUUUUUAGUGCUAUUAAUAAUUUAUAAGUGUUUGUUUGGAUGAUUUAGAAAUGUCUGAUAAUUCUUUAAUCGACUUACUUACCACGUUUUUGUUUAAUCUAUAAUUUUUUAUGAAAGCGUGUACUAAGUGUGUAAUAAAAUUCAAAGCUAAGCAAACCACUAGUUGCAGACUUGAGUUCAUAUAUUUAUAUAGGUAGUUAAAUGAUUCUGGUAUUCGGCUCGGGAUUUCAUGGUGCUAUUGCGAGUACUUGGAUACGUUUUUACUAUUCGAGCCUGAACGAGUUGAAGACCCCGAUCGAAUUAAACGAGAAUAAAAAAAAAAAAACAAUACUAAAAUUGUAACGUACCAAGAGUCUCAUAAAGAUAUACCCAUUGUAACGUCUUUGAAGAUAAUAAAGAUGAUCAAAUUCCGAUUUUUUUUUUUUUAUACACAUUGACAAGGCCUACAAAUAUUUAUAUUUUGAGUUUUCAUAAACAGUUUAAAAAAACUUUUUAUUUUAUUAUUUUUUAAAACACUUGAAGAUAGCCAUUUAAUAAAGUUUAUUCCUCUGAAAAUUUUGACAUAUUAACUAUUGAUUUUCAUGAAAUUCGUGAUUUUUAAUAAUGUUUUAAAGUUCAGAAAGUUAAAAAUUUUAAAGUGCCUAUAAUUAUGCAGCAGGCUAAAAUCGCAUUAGCUAAUUAAUUAUUAUUAUCAUGAAUAAUUUAUUGUAUAAUUUUUUUUCUCUAAACAAUGUGUAUAAUAUCUUCGUGGGACACUCUGUAUAAUAAAGAUAAAUCGCACGUACGCUCAUUAAAAAAAGAACUAAUAUUGUAGAUGGAUGCGGCCACUGUUGUAGGUAGGUAGGUAGUGGAGAAGGUGGAAUACAUAAAGUUAUUAAAUUUUUACCUGUAACCAACGACAAACCAUUGAUAACGAAAAAAAAUUCAGAGCGAAAUUCGGAUAUUUGUGUUUUGAAAGGCCGUAAUAUCUACAAUUUUUAUCAACAUUUGAUUUUAACUCUUUUAUAAAAAAAAAAAAAAGAAUACUAUAUCAAAUUAAUUUUGAUUUAACACUAAGUACUUAAAAUGAAUCUCUUAUUAAAUUUUCAAGCAUUUCUGUUUAGUCUAACAAUUUUAUACACAGAGUAUCUACCAAAUACAAAUUACGUGAAAUACUCGUAAAAUUAAAAUGUCGAUAAAUCGCUAAACAAAUUUCUCAUAUGUUCCAAAAUUUUUACCACAUCUAGAAAAAAUACAUUUUUUGUCAAAAUUUUAAGUUUCUACAAAUAUUUUUUCUUGUAUUACAACGAAAAAACAAAAUUUAAAAUAAUAAAAGUAUUAUUUUCGUAAAAUUUCCCGUUAUUUCUACAUUUUUUUUUCGAUAAUUUUAUGUUAUUGAUAAAACUACAAAAAAUAAAAAUGUAAAAACAAAUACCUUACUCAUGAACUAGUUUAAAAAUUCAGCAAAAAUGCUAGGACUCUUGUCAUUUAUUUGUUGGAGCAAUAUUUAUAGUAGUAAACAUAAUCCGUAAAAAUUUAAAAUAAUGAAAUAGUUGUGCUGUAAUUUGGAAAAAAUCGUAUAUUUCGUCUUUUUCGGUUUUUCAUAAUUAUUCAGAACACUAUUUUGGUUAACAAAAAAUGACUGACUUACUCUGACAGUAGCGAAAUAUUAACAGGAAUAAAAUCGAUCUCAUGUCAUUUUUGUAUUGGAGCAAUAUUCUAGUAGAAAACAUCGUUUUAAUAAAAUAAAAACAAUGAACGCCGUAAUGCUGCCGUAAAUACUUGCCGUUUUACCUGCAAUUUUCUUUCAGUUUUUCCAAAUUAUUUCGAAAACCCCUUAGAAAAACAAAAUAUGAUCUUCUCAAUUCACCAAUUAGAAAAAAAUUAUCUUUCAUAAGAGGUACUGUACUCUAUACUUUGGAGCAAAAUUUCUGGUAGAAAAGUUGUUUACAUAUACGAAAAAAAAAAUACACAUCAUAGUACAGCCAAACCAUAAAUGUGUAACCAAAAACCCGAACCUAAAAACUGUAGAUAUAAAUAUGAAAAUAAUCGAGAAAAGAAUAAUAUACCAAGUGAUAUUUUAUUCGCUUUUGUUUUUGAAAUAAGUUGUCUACUGCAAGACUGCGUGCCCACUACACACUGUUAAAUCAGCAGUGAUUUAUAUGUUAUAAUUUGUUGAGUGGAAAAUAAUGUAAAAUGGACUUGGUGGAUUGAGGGGGAAUGUGAGAACUAAUUUCGGUUAAGUACCUUUAGUGAGAACGACAGACGAGUUAAAUAGAUUACUGCUUGACAGCCUGUUUGAUUAAACAAAAUAUUUACAAUUUAAAAUUUAAAUGAAUAAAAUAAAACCUUAAUAGAUCGUGUAUUAUUUAAUAUAAUAUAAUUUAUUAUUAUUGCUACAAUCGAACUCAAUACCUUUGUACCGCCAGGAGAUUAUUCACAUAUCGCAUGGUGUCCUUAAAACGAUUAUGGGAAUUCUUUCUUUUUUUCUUUUUUUUUUUUUUUACUUCUUUUUAGCUUUUAUGUGAUCGCAAGUUUUAGUUUUGAAAAUUUGUAUACAUUGUAUUUAAACGAACAAAACGUGGACGUAUUUUAGAGCAGGCCCACAGACUAUAGAGAGUUUAGAAGUCGAGAAUUUUCUUUUUAAUUAAUUAGUCCCGGUUAAGCGGGGCGUAUUUCUCUUGAUUUUAACGGCUUUUGGGUACCAAUUUUAAUGUAUUAAAUGCUCGUGUAAUGAUUGUAUAUUGUAUACUCAUGAAAAACUCAGGAUAAUAUUAUAUCUGAAACCGUUCGCAGUGUAAAAUAAUAUACGUAUUUACACGGAUGCGAAAUCAUCUAUACUUAAAACUGUUGACUGCUACGAGUACAUUUUUAUGCACACAGGAUAUUAUUACGCGAGGCCACGAUAAUUAUUAUAGGUUCCGCCUAGAGAGUUGUGUCUGUUUUUAACAAAAUUGUUUAUUUUUAUUUCAUCAUAUAUUCAUGGAUAUAAUAAAUUGUAUUUAAAUAUUUGUUUACCAACUGAAAUAAUCGGUUCGGGUUGGCCACAUUAUCAAUAUCCCUUAUAACCAACCCGCAUAUUGUCGGAUCCGGGGAGGGGGGGGGGUGGAGGACAAGAGCCUCGUCACUCGCCCAGAAUAUAAACUAUACAACAAUUUUUACUCUCAUAAAUAAUUAAUUGUUUAACGCAUAUAUAUAUAUAGUACAACAUUUUCAAGGAAGAAAAGCGGAGAGGAGGGAUGAAUUUAUUGAUUUGUACUAUGAAAUAUUUGUUUUAUUGUUUUCUGUCUUAUCGACAAAUUUCUUACCCGAAAUCUCAAUUCAAUCAAUGGUUUAUCGGUGCUUACAGAUAUAAAUUAAAUAACGUUUAUGGGUCCUACCUUUUCGACUUCCCAUCUAAAACAAUAGCUGCUCCCAUCACCAGUACUACCUAUUUUUUAUUUUUUUUCGCUUAGUAGUAAUAUUUUUAGGGAACCUCCUUCCAAAUUCAAUUCUGGAUUCGCCACUGAACGCACAUGCGUACGUAAUCUUAUACACGCAGUGAAAAAAGCAACUGUUUGAGUACGAAUGUGUGUACUCAAAAACCAAAUGAUAAUAACAAGUUUGUACAAUUUGUUGUACUCAUAGCGUUAAUGACAAUGCACUUGAAAAACCCACGACAGUAAACAAGCUACAUGCUAUUAUAGUAUUGUUCUUUUUUCUUAUUGUAAUUCAGUUAAAAUUAUAGGUAGAAACUUGAAAUUUGGACAAAAAUUUAAAUUGGCCUUUUCUAGGUGUGAAAAAACGUUCAAAACAUUUGUGGAAUUUUUGAGCUAUUUAUACAUUUUUAUUCUGUAGGUACUUUGUAGAUAAAAAUGUUGUACUAAACAGAAAUGUUUUUGACGGGAAAUUUAUUAUAUGUCGUACUUUAUGUUAAAAAAAAAAAAAAAGAGUUUUAUGUAUUUUUUUUUUUUUUUGUGAUAAUUUUAAUAUCAAACUUUGACGAAAAUCCCUACCCAUCGUACGAAGUAUGUCCGUUUUUUUUCAAUUAAUAAGUAUUGUUACUUUUUUUAACACCCCCCUUUGAAAAUUUUUGGCUACGCGCCUGACAUCUUACACAAUAUGAAAAAAGUGUUUGAAAAAAAUAGAAAAAUGAAUUUUCGAAUGUUACACCGGUUAACGACAAUAUUAACUUAUGGUAUUCGACAUCAAAUAUCGGUUUUGUGUUAGUAUCGAAUAUCGAAAUACCGGAUAUCUGAGAAAAGUCAUAUCGGCGAUAGAAUAUUUUGUUCUUCGGGUGUUUCACUAUACCACUACACCUAUUGUCCUAAAUUGUUACACACUAAUACCAUUAUUUUAUAAGGUGUAUUUUUUACGUAAGGUUUUUUUUUUUUUUUUUUACAUCAUCGUGUUAAAUACAAUCAAUCGUUAUCGCGGUGUUCGAAAACUAUAUAAUAUAUGUUAUCGUUAAUGUAUGGCAUUCCGUAAUUCUAUAAAAUAACUAGUAAUUUUAUAGAUUUACAGGCACAUUCAGUUAAUGCAUUGAAUGAAUACAAAAAUAUAUACUUCAACUGAUUAUUCAACAUACUAACUACUAAGUAGAUAUUUUAUAAACUAACAAUAACGAUUUAGUUAAAAUAAAUACAAAAUUAUUAUUACAUCCAUGUAUAAAAUAUUAAUAUUCACUUUGAAAAUGUUUAUUCUGAUUUGUAUAACGUCAAUUAAUUAGAAUUAUUAAAUUAUUAAAAAAGUUACAAAUAAAAAAAAAAAAAAAAUUAAUAUUCAGUCUCGUAUAUUAUUGUAAAAUGUUUAUUUAUUCGUACACGAUGGCUUAAAUUAUAUAAAUUAGCAUAACCCAUUCGGUAUUCUAUAUAUUAACUAGUAAAACCGUGUCAUCGUGUAAAAUUAUUAACGAGUAUAUUUAGGAAUUUUAUAGAACAACUAGUUAUUUAAUAAAAUAACGCGUUACAUAUGUUACCGCUAACAUAUUAUGUAUAAUUACCUACGAACCUGCGUUCACGUUCAUAUUCCGUGAAAAACACGUGAACCAGUGUCGGUAUUGAAAAUUUUUUAUAAUAAUGUUUAGAAUCUCAAUAUAAGCACUCGUAUACCAUACAUAAUAAAAAUCAUUACAGAAUUGGACUCCUCGAGUGGGUCGACUUUAUAUCUAUAAUUAUAUGUAACACAGAUUAACAAUACGUGUAGGUGUAGUAAUAUGAAAAACACAACGUGAUGUCUACGCCUUGGAAAAUAUUUUAAAACUAUUUUUAAUGUCUUAGGUGAUUAAACGGGAGGGAAGUUAAGUGGUAUAAUAAUAUUACUUUUAUAUUAUUUAAUUUAUACAAUAAAAAUCAGGUACCCCAAUGGCAAAAUCGUCCGACCUCCAUUGGAAUAAUUUGUCUUGUAAAAAUCGCGUUAACGAAUAACAAUAUAAUAUUUAUUAUUUUUAAGUUUAGUAAUUUUCCGGAAUGAAAAUCUUCAGUGACUAACACUGUUGGGUAUUCGGAUUCAGAGGCGUAUUCAGAGCAGAUGGGUCUUCAGCCCGAAAUUUAUUGUUUUUUAUAAGUAUUGUUUUUAAAAUAUAAUAUAUAAUAUCCUAAAUAAACUACAAUAUUAUGUAACUAAUCAGCCCCUCCUCUAUAAAAAAAAAGUUCCUAGAUACGUCACUGCUCGGACCAGUUAUAUGUAUACCUAUACUGCAGUAUACUCAUUUAUGCAGGAAUAAAAGCAUUUUUUUUUUUUUUUUUUUUUUUGUUAAACUAUACAUAAAUACCGAGAUACUAGUAGAUAUAAAACAUAUUAAACACUUACUUUCAUAAAUAAAAAUAAAACAAAGAGUGUUUUCUUAAUAAAUAAUAAAACUGUCCAACUUUAAUUGAAAACCUAAUUUUUAUUUCCAUGCAACGUUGCCAAAUAUUUACACGGUAAAUACCCUCACGGAUUUUUUCUAUCCAUACGUAAAUAAACUACUACUUUAACGGGUUAUUUAUUAGUUUAUUGCUUAUAAUUUCCGACAGCAAACUUGUAUAAUGAAUCAGAAUUAAAUUGUUUUAAAUUCCCAUAUAGGUACGAAUAUACUAUAAUUGCGUGCACUGUCAGUCGUGUUUGUAAUUCAGAUGUGUCAGCCAGUGUUCAUAAUAUUGGUGAAUAAUAAUAUUUUUUAAUAUUGAUUUUCUAAAAUGAAAAAUAGUUCGGAAAGAAGAAAAGAUUUGAUAGUACUGAAUGGACACACAUACAGACAACGGGCUGAUAGUUAUCUCAGACGGAACUAGGUGCUGUAAAAAAUAAUGUACAGCUAUACACUGUUACUAGUGAUGGAUAAUUCAAUUAUACUCGUAGAAAAUACUAGUAAGCAUAACCACCCUGUUUUUUCAGUUCAAUAAAUCGUUAGGAAAGUUCUACAUGGGAAUUGCAAAUCGAAAACUAUAAGUUCCAUAUUUGACCGACCGAUAGAGCAUAAAGAUAUAAAGUCGGUUUGAUAGCCUGUGUAUAUCGAAAGACGAUCGACUUCACUUUACCAUUAGAAAAUUAACCUUUUAGCGAUUAAAAUAUUGUUAUAAUAUUUAAUAACAAUUAUUAACUUUGCAACGUUACUGCCAAUUUCGGGUGCAAUCGUACGUCUUUGAGGGGUGAUAAAAUAUAAUAAUCAUAUUCUUUGUUAUUUUGGCACCUUACGCAAUCGUGUACUCAAAAACGUGAACCGUGCGCAAUUGUAUCGCGCCCAUAUAAAUAUCUUCAUUCUUCAGAACAUGCGAGUAUAGGUUAGUUUUUUAAAUUUAAUUUUCGAACAUUUAAAACAUUUACGAGUAAAACGUUUUAAACGAGUGUUUAAAGCAAUUCGCAACCCUGAACUGACAUGUAUCGAAACACAAAAUGGACGACUAAAAUUUUAAUAGAUACCUGCCGUAAUAAUGCAUAAUGUAAUCGUAUAAUUUGUAUAGCGAUAUAGGUCACGGAAAGCACACUCAAACUCAAUCGUAUCAUGCGUAGUUAUAAAAAUUAAACUGUUUUCAAAUAAUAUUAACGAAGCGUGAUAUUAUAGCUACAAUUAAAAAUUAUAAAAAUGUAUUAUUCCACUACCUACGUAGUAUAAUAAACGAAGUGCCACAUAUAAUUACUUAUAUCUAAACGAUUUGAAUUAACUAAUAAUUGAUUAACAUUCUAAGAAACGGAACUGAAUUCGAAUAUUUUUGAAUAACCAGACCAAAACUGAAAUCCAUAUUUUAUAAUUAUAAAAAAUACCGUGUUUUACAAUUUGUAACUAUACAAAUUUUGUUUUAUAUUUUCAUGUUUUCAAAAUAACCUGUUGACUGUAUCUGUAUCUGCUCUUGGUUUAGAUUUGUAUUAGUAGAUUAUAUUAUUAUUGUUUUUGAUAAAUACAAGUAUAAAUAUAGGUAAGUGCUUAAUAAAUUAUUAUACCCGGCAAAAAGUUGUACCUAGAUAUCUAGAUAUGUAUUUAUUAUUUCAUUGUACAAAAUUAAUGCGGUUAAUAGCUACCCUGAAAUUCAUAUUUAUUAAAUAAACACUCAAUAUUAUUGUAAAAUCUUGAAUAUGGAGUUAUCAUUUUAACUCACAUUUUGAUUUAAAUCCACAUUAACCGUAGUGAAGUAUAUUACAUUUUUUUGGGGGGUCCGUAAUUUAUAACAGUUACCGACCUAAAUAUUUAAUUAAAAGGAGUUUAAUAUUAAAUAAUUAUGUACCUAUAUAAAUAUAAAUAUAAAUAUACCUAUAUUCCAAUCAUCUAAUCACUUAAUUGUUAAGUUACACCAACUGUUAAAACUGUUUCAACAAAAGUUUAAAUUCCUUCGUAUAUUAUAUUGGAUGAGCUAGAUUUUUCCAGUGUAUACACUAUACACUCUAUAUUUGAAGUAGGAGAGUAGUAAAUUCGAUCAAUAAACUUUAGAUAAUAAUAUAUUACUUGGUAAAUACAGUGGCGGAUCCAAGAGUUAUGCAAGAGAUGGGGGCGAAUUUUUUUGUAUUGAAGUGAGAUUUUUUUUUUUCAUGUUGUACAAAAUUAUGGAUUAAAUGUUUUACAAUUUAUUUAAAUAAUGAGUUAGGUGGUACAUUUUUCACAAGUUAAGCCUUACCUGUUCAAAUUUAAUUCAAUUUAAUUUUGACAAAAUAAUUUAGACAAUAUUCAUAUUAAUAUUUUUAUUUGAAUAAAUUAAAUUUAAAAUGGAAAACUCGUGAAUUUAUAAAAGUAGAUCUUGUAGAUCUUUUCUAUUUUUAGCAAAUCUGUUUAUAAUAUCAUCCGCAUUUAAUUCUAUAUCCCUAUGGAUAUGUAGAAACCUCAAAUCAGUCAACCUUUCCCAUUUUUGCCCUUAACCAGAUUUUCAAUUUAAAAAUAUUAAAGCUUAAAGUAACAAACUAAAAAUUGCAAAACAAUUAUAUACUAGUAAAAGCAAACUAUGACAGUACCUACUAAUAAAUACUUGUACAUAAAUAUAUUAUAAAACAAUAGCUACCCAUUUAAUUAAAUAUCAUAAACAUCCAUAAUUAUUUUUUAAACGAUUUAAUAGCAUAUUUUACUUUAAACUACAACCUCUUGAAAAUGUUAAAAUAAUAAUCUUACCGUCGCGCGACGUAAUGUAGACAAGCUUCUUUUAGCAAAUGCAACGCUUACAGACUAAGCACAAAGCAUAAUAAGCAUACAUCUUAUAAUUGGGUAAAUAUCAGCAGCGCAUUUAUCUAAGGCUGUAAAAAUGUUAUCAGAUUUAUUACCUGAAAAAUGAAAGUAAAUAUUGAUUAUAAUAUUGCACAAUCAUGACUAUAAUUUAAUCAUUAAAAUUUUAAAUACUAACUGAUGAAAAGUUACGUUUUGAUGUUAAAUGUUUCCAUCUUUCUAACCAUAAUUCCACCUCUGAGAUUAAUAUUGACUUUGAAAUAUUCGGGAAAAAUGUAAAUUCAUUGAUAACUUUAUUAAUCUGAGUAACUCUUUAAUAUUAUCCAAGUUGUAGUAUUUCUUGAUACUAAUUUCAUUAAUACUUGUAGUUUAUAAUUAUUACGAUUGAGAAAGAUAAUAAUAUUCGUAAUUAACGAUCAAACCAGUUAGUUUUAAUCAUCAAAUAUAGGCACUUUAGUCUAUAUUUUCGUGAUAUUUUACCAGACACCAGUAUUACUUCAUUUGACUCAUCAGAAUCAGCUCCCGUCAUAGCUUUAGAAUUUGAUCGCCAAUAAUAACAAUUACACUGCACUUAAAAUACAUACGUUAAUAUAAAUUUACAUAUUCGACCCAAGCGGAGGGGGGUGAUCACCUCGUCGCCCCCUCUCCUCAAAUCCACCACUGGGUAGACAAUGUAGUAGGUCAGACAAAUGGUAGAUAAAAUACUAUAUGUAAGAAGGUCGUCAAAUUUCCUAUCAGAUCCGUAUGUCAUAGAAAUCGUGAAAAACGAAAAAACAACAAGAAUAAUAAAUUCCAUCGUUAUCGAUAUUUAAAUAAUUAUAAGCUCUACUCGAAUUUUUGAUUUUUAUGCAAUAGUUUCUAUAACGAUAUUGCAAAGAAAAAAGAAUGAGAUUUGAUUUCGAUUUUAGGGUAGGUAUGCCUGGUUUAUAGGUACUUUAAAUCACUUUCAUAAUGUCACUAGGGUUCACGUUUUUUCCAUUAUACCGGUUAACCAGUAUACCGAUUAUCGCUCAAAUACCGCUCAAACGGUUUACCGUAAUACCGGCACAUAUCGUAAAACCGUAAUACCAACGUAUACCAGAUCGUAGCUUAUAGAGCUAAAAUAUCGUUUGAAGUGUAAACCGUAUAAUACCGUGUUUAACGACUUGAACUAGUUACUUCCAUGGAAUAAAACGUUUUGUAACGAUUUACACCUUUACUAGUAUUGCCAUUUAUACAAUUAUACAGCUAUAUUUAGGUAGUUGUUUAAAAAUUAAACACUCAUAUUUGGUGCUAUAGUCCAAUAAUUUUAUUAUUGGGUAUAGGCAAAUUUGGAACACAACCCCUUUCACCACGCACACACACACACACACACACACACACACACACACAGAUGUGAUCAAAUAUCCACUUAUGCUAACACGUAGAGUAUUGACUUUGAAAUAUGUAAUUUAUAAAAUUUUACGUAAAUUAUAAAAGAUAUUUGUUACUUAUUUGGUUUUCACUGGAAUAUUUACAACUCGUUUUUAAAGAAGUGGGAGGUACAUUUACAUAAUUUAGACAGUUAAGUCCAUCUUAAUCAUACCAAGCUGAUUAAUUGUAUAAAAGUUGUGUACCUCUGGAGGGGGAUUUUAGAAAUACCAAAUACUUCCCACACCGUUAUUACUAUACACCAUUUUUAAUAAACUUUUUCCAAAUGUAUUUCAAGUGAUAACUUACUCGACUAACCAAAAUAUGUGUAAUGUUAUGCUCACAUAACAUAAUAUUAUAACUGUAUAAUUAUUUAUUAUUUAUAUCAUUACAAAAAUGUAACUAAAAGAUUCAAAUAUGGCCGAGUACUUGGUAUUUCACAAAGGAAAAUAAUUUAAUAAAUCUAACGGAUCGUUCGCUAUUCAAGAGGGAUGCAAGCUUAUCUACAAACAAAAUAAUUUAUAUAUGUGUCAAAUAUAACAGAACUGCAUGCCAUCUGUUACGGCCCUUUGAGGACACUGCCGCCUCAGUCAUACUAUUGUAUAUUGUCUUCUUUUCACAAUUCGAGUAUUACUUACUUUAUAUCGAUAUAGACGCGAUUGCCGCCUGUUCUAUCUUUUUAAGCACACAAAUUCCAGUGGGCUUCUAUCAUUCGAGAAAAAUCAACAUCCAAUCAUUUACCAUCAUUUAGAACAUUCAAAUAUAAGUGUUAUAAAAUUAAGCAAUAAAUACACAACAUCAAUCGGCCCUUUGAUGAUACCGCCGUGCCGUCAUCAUUCUUUCACACUAUAUACCGUUACAAUUAUUUCAAUACAAAUUUCAAAUCUACGCAUAACACUUUAUUUAUGGUUGACCUUUUUUUAUUGCCUUAUAUAAACACAUAAAAUGUAACGGUUUUUUCUAUUGAAAAUUAAGCGUCUUGAUCCCUCUAGAAACCCCAAGACGAACACUCUGUCGAGAAUCCCACACACAGCAACAACUACGCUCCACCAAUUUCUUUCGAGAAUCUCUCUCGAAUAGCUAACUCCGACUUUUAGCAGCUAUAAUCACUCGUGUUCGAUUUAUUUAUUAACGCACUUUGUAAUUAAACCUUUUAUUUUCCUAGUUUAAAAAUUAGCAUUUUUUAUCUGAGUGCACACAGAUGUUAAGUGUUAAUUAAUUAAAUUAAUUUGUCUUAAUUAAAUUGUGAUUGCCGUCCAACGACUCCAGGUUCACGUGAGGUUAUCCAUAAGUAUACACCCUAACGUUCCAACACCGUGGGCAGGUAACAUAAUUACAUUUUUCUUUAGUUAUUCAUUUCGUCACCAUUCUCGGAUUCACGACUCCGAAAUAUAGGAAGGAAGAUAGUAAUACAACUAGUAGGCUGAGCCUUUAUUAUGAUUAGAGAUAAAUUAUUCUUUGUAGUACCAAAACUUAGAUCGACUGUUUCACACUACAUAAGCACAUUUUUAUACCUACUCCUUUAUAUUACAUUCUUUAUAGAUAUCUCUACGUGAUUAUCUUAUUAUUUUAAAUAUAAUUAUCUUUUACUUCUAUACUUAGUGUCCUAAGUCUACUAUCUCCCCCUAACCACCCCUCUCCCUUUUUAUCAUCCCCCGUCUCAACCGUUUUUAACUCCCCCUCUCAUUUGCCCCCCCCCCCUUUUCCCUUCUUUUCCUUAUUUUUAUUUUACCUUUUCUAUUUUUUGUAUUACUACAAAUUGGCGCCCAACUUUCAAGCUCAAUUUUACUUGCUGAGAAUUGUGACGAAUUAUUGAAUAUAACAGUUAAAGUACUUUAUUAUUUAUUUACUUUACAUCUAUCAUUUUUUAUAAUACCUAUACAAUAAGAAUUAUACAAAGUGAAAAAAAAAAAAUUAAUAAAUAAAUAUUACUAAUUAAACAGAUUAAAACAGUUAGUUAAAUAAAUCGAACUUUUCAUAUAUAAACGUUCAUACUUAUUAAUUUAAAAAUAAAUAUAUAAAAGAGAACACAGAGAAUUAGUAGAAAAUCGAAAGAGUGGAUAUUAGUAUACCUCAUACAUUUUUAGAAAAAUUUAUUUCCAUUUAUCUUUCAAAUUAAAUGAUAAUUGUAGAAUAUUGAAAAUUUAUCACCAUUUAAAGAAUAAAAAAAAAAUGUAUAAAUAAAGAAAUAUUAAUUAAAUCUGACCCUAAGUUCUAAAUUAAUAAAUCUUAAUUAGACUAAAGAGGCAGUAAAGGUAAAAAAUAAAACAAAAAUUUUAAUACCCUAAAGAGACUAUUAAGUCCGAGUGGUUAAUUAUUGUUUUUAUUAUUGUAUUUAAUUUCAAAAAAAAUAUAAAACCCUAAAGACACUAUUAAGUCCAAGAGGUAAAUAAUUAUUUGUAUUAAAACAGAAACAUCUAAUAAAACUAAAAAAAAAAAAAUAUAUAUAUAUAAAAUAUUUAACAAGAUACAGAUUAUUCGUGGGUUAAUAUAACUUUUUCUCUCAUCGCUCAUAAUUCGAAUAAAUAGAAUAUUUGGGUUUACAUAUAAAUAGGUAACGGAAACAAUACGUACUAAAAUAACAAAAAUUCUCAAAUGUCUGAAUUAGAACAGGAUAACCAGGACAAUACAAAACUUCCCAUUAUAGAUUUUACAGCAAUAUCCACAACUUGGGUUCAUAAAUUAACUAAAGACAAAUUAAUUAUCGAAUUAUCUCGCCUAAAUCUAAUAACAACAGGGUUGGUAGCCGAUUUAAAAGCAAGGCUACUUAGAUAUUUGAGAGGAGAAAAUAAUCCAGAAGUGUUUAUUAGUGAAAAAACUAAAAAUAAUUGUGUUAUCGCACCAGAAUCGUUAAACAAAAUAGAUAAAGUCAAAAUAAAUCCAAUAAUGAGUGAUAAUAAAAGACCUUAUUUCAAACAGGGUAAUUUUUCGGGGGCCAUAUCAGAAAACAUAGAUACAUUUUUAAAAAAAUACAAUAGGGCGGCAUUUAUAAAUGGUUGGUCUGAGACAGAUAAAACUCAAUUUAUUUCUGUCUUCUUUCUUUCUACUUUUUACGAUAAUUUGCAAUACUCUUCAGACAAAUUAGAAUGGGAAGAUAUAGAAAAUAAAUUACGUUUAGAAUUUGAACCUAUAGAUAUGCAAACUGAUAUGCUUCGUAUGAUUCUGGAAAAAAGAAAACAAUUGCCGGACGAACAAACGGUCGCGUAUAUUAAUGACGCCGAAUCCCUAUGUAGAAGGAUUGAUAAUCAAAUGCCCCAGGAGGAAAUGAUUAGAAAUAUUAUGAAGGGAUUAAAACCAUCCAUAGCCCGAUAUAUAGGUAUAAUGGGUAACGAAACACUGGCUGAAUUAAAAAAGAAUGUUAGGAAAUAUGAAAUGGUUGAAUUUAUGAUAACGGAAGAUACUCCUAAAACCCCUUUUGAUAUUGAAACGGAGACGAUACAGUCUAAAAUACAACAAAUAAAUAAAGACAACAGUUCAAAGAAACCUGAAAUUGAUAGAUUACGUGAAGAAGUAGAGAAUUUAAAAUGAUUAAUAAACUCCGGAAAUCCUAAACAAAAUUGUAUAGACAACCAAUACAAUAACUCAUCACCGAACUUUAACGAAUAUCCGAGACAAAACAAUUAUAACCAGCCAUGGUAUGGGCAACCAUCAAAACCACAUUUCGAUAAUAAUUACCAGCCUAAUAAUAUCAACAGAUACAGCCAGCCGUUCCACUCAGAAAACCCCACGUGUAAUCAAAGAUACGCAAAUAAUGACCCCCCAAAUAAAUAUAAAUUUUCUAACCAAACAAAAUCGUGUUCAUUUUGCUCGAGAAAAGGGCAUUAUGAGGAGGAAUGCUAUCAGAAAAAUAAACAACCUACCAUCUCGUGUCAAAUAUGCAAUAAACCCCUCCACUCCGCUGUGAGUUGCCACAUUUUUAUUAAUAAGUCAAAAAACUAGAAAAUAGGUUAAAUAUAGUAUUUAAAUAGAAUAGAAUUUUUUUAACUUCUCAAUUUACUUAAUCAGUUCUGAUAUACGAGACUGUAAAAUACUAUAAAUUGUAUAAUCACUAGCGUUCCUAAAAAAUGUAACAUCGUUACAGAAUACGCAUAAUAUAUAAAUCAAAACCCAUAACGCCUAUGGCACGUUAAACAGUGUCAAUGUUAGUUAACACGAGUAUCAAAUAACAGGCCAAAAAAGACGGGCAUAUACUUCACACGGUGGGUGAGUUUCUGUUGUAGAUAAGAAGUUGGGAAGGUAUAUAAAGAUAUAAAAGGAUAUAGAGAGGAAUUUAAUUUAUAUCUGUACUCAACGAUAAACCAUUGCUAAUGAAAAACGAUUCGGAGCGAAGUUUCUUUUAUACGUGUAUGUACAUUUUCUCGUCUUUCCUUCGUUUUUUCCCAAUGAUUAUCACAACACAAAAAAAUUGUUCAUUGCGGAUUAAAAAUAAAAAAAAAUAAAAAAAAAUACAUAAUUGAAAACCCGAUAUGUUCCUCACUACGCUCCAGAUCUUAAAUGAAAUUUAUUAUUUUAUCUUUUUAUAAUUAAAAAAAAUAAUAAUUUAAGAAUAAUAACUACAAAGACGUUUAACGUUCAAUUCAAUCCUAUAAAAUAUAAAUAACGAAACGUCAAAUGUUAAGUAAUUGGUAGCUGGGUGCAUACCCAAAAUAUUAUACCAACUUUAGAGAAACAAAUAAUGCAUAUAGGUAUAUAAUAGUUUUAUUUUACCUAUAUAGGUAUCUUAAGAGCAGUUUCGAAUAAUAUUAAUUAUUAUAUUUUCCAUAUUAUCUUUGAUGUUAUACUUUUUACACUAUGCGAUCAAAGAACUAAAUUAUAGUGUCAACAGUAAUAAACGUCUACGGAAAAUAAUAUGAUGUUAUGUUGGUUUAAAUCUCGUCGUUUUUCUCGUAUAAUAUAGUUCGUUAAAAUAAUAUUAUUUUAUUAAAAGACUAAACGAAAAUUAAUGAUAAUAAAUCUAUUCUCUUAACGAAGACUGAUAAAAUAUAAUAAGUACUACAAUCGGUUUAUAAGCUUAGAACCGUUCAAUAUUUUAAUUUUGAUUCCUUCCCCUCAAAUAAAUUUACAUUUUACACAAUAAAAAAAACUUAUAUUUUAAUAACAAAUUUAUAUUAUAUGUAUAUUUUUUACAUUAAUAAAAACACUUGGACACUUCAAAUUAAUUUUUAAAUUUAAUUGAUUAAUAUUAACCGCACUCUUAUAUCUUACAAUUAUUAUUUAUUUAUUUAUAAAGAGUCACAGAAAAUCAAAAACUGUUUUUAUUUCCCUUGGACGAAGGUGAAAGAGAGGGCUGCGUAUGAGUUGGAUUCCCGGGUAUCUGUUUACCUGCACCGAUACCGAUGAAUUGAUUAUGUGGCUAUUGAGAGGGAUAUAUCCGAAUUGGUUCCCGUUUAAAUUUUUGAUGUAUCCACUACUGGUCAAAUUGAUUCCCAAUGUUCGCAGUAAGAUAGUCGACCACACACACGUUUCCUAUCCCAUUCUUACAGAUUUAGGACCGUCAACUUACUUAGAAUUACUUAGAUUUUAUGCUAGAAAUAUUUCUAUAUUUUAUAUUCGGUAUACAUAACCAUACAGAUACGUAUAACCAGGUGAAUUUACGUUAUCUUAAUUGAUUGUGGUGUUUUGGCAAUAAGCCGAUAUUACAUUAUUUUAUUGCCUCAAUAACUGUAAAAUAUCCGCCGUAGUAUGAUAAAAGUUAAAUAAAAGCUUAAAAGUGUACUACACUAUACCUACAAUCAUUGUGUUCAUUGUUUAAAUGUAGGUAUUAAACGGGAACCUAUUCAGCUCACCUUCAUAACAUACCUUUUUCAAACGGGAACCAAUUCAGCUCACCUUCAUAACAUACCUUUUUCAAACGGGAACCAAUUCCCCAAUGUGGAGUAUGAGCUCGGGGACUGUUCAUUCUCCACUACCAAAAGGAGCCAUGGGAACACACGUAAUUUCGGAAUAAAUGAACUAUAAAAUUAAUGACAAUGAACAGAUUGAUUGAUGAACAAUGAAUACCUAAAAUAUUAUAAAUAAAGUUUUAACAUGGCAUAGUACGAUUCAAAAUAUGAACAAAUUAAAAAAAAGACAAUUCUUGAGACUUGUCAGUCGACCUCCCCGUGGUCUCUUGGGUAAAGCUAAUUAGCAGAAAAACAUUAAACAUUUAUUUAUUUAACAUUUUUUUAUCAUAUUAUUACUGAUAUACAACAAUAGAGGAAUCAACUUGUUUAUACUUCUUAACAGCCAUAGAAGUAACUAACUAAUAUAUAAAUAUAUAAAGCAGCGUUUCUCAACCAGGGGGUCGUGACCCCAGGGGGAGGUCGCGAACACCUUGACUCGGGGUCGCGCAGGUCAAAAAUAAUAANCCAAAUACCAAGUUUUUUGAUAAAAGCAUUAACUUUAUCUGACAUUAUUAGAAUGUUAUUUUCACGGCCUUGUAAGCUUAUAUUCAAGUUAUUCAAAUAUGAAAAUAUAUCACUCAAAUAAGCCAAAAAUAGUAAUGUCUCGUUAUCUUGGAAAAAAGUUAAAAAUGUGUUAUUUCGAUCUUUAAAAAAUAUUUUUAUUUCAUUUCGCAACUCAAAAAUCCGCGUUCAAACUUUUCCUCGUGACAACCACCUAACUUCGGUAAAGAAAAGCAGUGACUUGUGCUUGGAGCCCAUUUCUUCACAUAGUGUGGAAAACAAUCUGCACUGCAGCGGUCGACUUUUAAUAUAAUUUACUAUUUUUACAGCUUCAGAUAACACAUUUUUUAAAUUAUCUGGCAUUUUUUUUGCGGCAAGUGCAUGCCUGUGAAAAAAACAAUGUGUCCAUUCAAUAUGUGGCAUUAAGUCUUUUAAUUUUAUUAUUAAACCACUAUUUUCCCCUGUUAUUGCUCUUGCACCAUCAGAACACACUGAAAUACAUUUGUUCCAGUCCAAAUUUUCAUUUUUUGUUGUUUCAAUAAAUAAUUCAAAAAGACCUUGUCCAGUAGCAUGACCAGGUAUUGAUUUGUAAAAAGCAUUUUUUCUUUAAUUGUUCCGUCACGUUCGUAGCGAACAAAACAUAAAAAUUGUGCCAAGUUUGUUACGUCUGUUGAUUCGUCAAACUGAAUAGAAAAAUACUCGCUUGAUUUUAGAUUUUGUACUAUUUGAUUGUGCACAUCAGUGACAUUUCAUUAAUUCGUUUUGAUAUUGUCUCAUUUGAAAGAGGAAUAGUUUUUAAUUUUUUUGCUUCUUCUGCACCUAUCAUAAUAUUGACCAUAUCAAUAGCAGCGAGUAGAAUGAGGUUNAUGAGGUUCUCAGCAAUCGUGUGCGGCUUUGAUUCCCUAGCUACCCUAAGUGCUACUAAAUAUGAUAUCUCGAGUGUUGCAGUGUUAUUCUGACUUGAUUUAAGAAUACAAGUUUGUUGAUUUUUUUUUAAAAAAAAGUGAUUUACGCUCAAAAAAGUCAAUUGGUUUUUUACUAAAAGUGGAUGAUUUGUUUCUAGAUGUCGAAUUAAUUUUGAAGGUUUCAUACUUUCUUGAGAUAGAACUUGAAAGCAAACAACACAUUGCGGCUUAUUAUCAAGUGAAAUAAACCCAUNCACGAUCAAGAAUAGGACUUUUUAAGUUUACAUUUUUUUCAAUGUAAUUUGAUGUUAAAUCAAAUGCAUCAAAAUCAAUUGGUUUUUUUACUAAAAGUGGGUGAUUUUUUUCCAGAUGUCGAAUUAAUUUUGAAGGUUUCAUACUUUCUUGAGAUAGAACUUGAAAGCAAACAACACAUUGCGGCUUAUUAUCAAGUGAAAUAAACCCAUACUUCAAAUACUCAUUGUUAUAUGACCUUAAUUUGUUUUUCACUGGUUCACUAGAAGUAGACGGAGCAUUACGUUUUGUUAUAUAUUUAUCCAUGAUCAUUAAUUCAAAUUACACAAAACUAAAAAGACGCACUAAAAACCAACUUAAUAAACGCAAUAUCACAUGAGUUUAACAACACGAGCGACGCGCGACUGUCAUCGAUAAAUUAAUCGUUUCAUAACACACAAAAAUAAUAUUAAAAAUAACAAUAAUAAGCAGUCGAUUAAAUGUAGAUAUCUCAUCAAUAAAACGGGCACUACUUCACUAAUGGAAAUUCCUAACGACCCAAUACAAACUUGAUAAACUUAAGUUACUAGGUAUGGUAUUUAUAAAUUGGUAUUUAAAAUGUUAUAUUUCGUUUGGUUAAUGAUAGGAUAUUUUUACUGUUUAAAUUUUUACCUAACCUAGAUGGACGGGGGGGGNGGGGGGGGGGGGGGGGGGGUCGCGCAGUGAUUGACUAUAUUUUAUACCUAUUUUGGGGGUCGCGACACUAAAAAGGUUGAGAAACGAUGAUAUAAAGUAAAUCAACUCCGAAUUUUUCGACUUUCACAAUAAUUCCCAUAAUCGUACGAAUAUUUAACAAACUAUUUUAAGAAACAAAAUCUGCUGAGUUUAAGGUAAAUUCGUUUGUGAUCAAAUCGAUUUUAUUAAAUCUAGGAUGUAUAAAAUGACGAGAUAUUAUUGUUUUUAGUAAACAAUUUGAACAUUUGAAUAGGUUAAAAAGGUGGUUAUACUUUGCAUGUGGGUGAAGCUAUUGUUGUAGGUGGAAAGUUGAAAAGGUAGUAUACAUAAGGGAAUUUAAUGUAUAUUUGUAAGCAAUGAUAAUCUAUUGCUCAUAAAAAAAAACGAUUCUGAGCAGAGUUCAGUUAUAGUGAUGCUUUGUCAACAAUAUAAACUAUGUGAUAUUAUGGUAAAAUAAUUAAAUAGGCAUUAUAUAUUUUCUUUAAUAAUAUUUGUUUAAUAUUAAACCGAUUUUCCUACGUUUUUUCCGGUUUUCCCAUGUUUUUUGCCGGUUUUUCACAUUUUCUUGGAAAACUCUUUAGAAAAUCGAAAAACAACAUCCUUAAAAUACCUCGUCAGUCAAAUUUAGAAAAAUCGCUAUUAUUGGAAAUCGGAGCAAAAUUUCUGGUACAAAAGUUGUCCACAGAAAAAAAAAAUUACAAUAUUUUACUAAAUUAUUUCGUACAUUUUCCCGUUUUUUUCUUUCCUUUUCCUUUUAUUUUGGAAAACUUCCGGAGAAUCAAAAAAUUACAUCUUUAAAAUACCACCUCAAGAAAAUUUCUUUUCAAAAAAGUCUAUAUCAUAUACAUCAGAGUAAGCUUUCUGGUAAAAAAAAAUGGUCACAUAAAAAAAAAAAAAAAUAUCUUUGUAAAACCAUAAGUUUCUUUGCUCCACUCAGAAUCUAAAAAUGUUUAAAUGUUCAAAUUGUGAUUUAGGUAGGUACCUAUUUGGUUGUUACUUGAAUUAAAAUUAUAUUUGAAAACAUAAAAAAUGGAAAACCGAUAAUGAUUUAUGUUUGAAUGCCACUAUAUAUUAUAUAUUUAUACUUAUAUACAAGAACUUAAGUUAAAAAAAUAUAAAAACAGUAUAGAUACAGAGAAUUCUACACCCACAUCUACUGUCUUGGUGCAAUUGACGGAUAGUAAAGCAAAAUUACUUUAUUUAAAAUGUAAAUUAUGGUAUUUAGAUUAAAGUUAAGUUAAAGUUAGUUUAAAUACAAGUAUCAAAAUAAAAAGAUGAAAAUCUUUGAUGAAGAAAAAAAUUCAUUUUUCAAAAUAUCAUAUUAUUUACGAUUUGUUGAGUGUGUAAAAUAAAUACCAAUUUCAUAACUGUAUUAUUUUAAUAGAUUAUUAUAGGUAACGUAACCAAACUUAUUGUGCAGUGAACCGGCUAAUAUAAUAAAUUAUCCCUUUACGACCGGUGCAUUUGUUCGGCAUUUCAUGCACCAUGCUUUUAUUUUAAUAGUGCUUCGGAUUAGAUUUUUAUAUAGAUUCCUAGUGGUAACCCCAUCAUUACCUUAUCAAAUUUUUUAUAGUUUAUAAUAUAGUUUUAUAAUUAGCAUUUAAAGUUUACAAUAUAGAUUUUGAAGUACUUAUAUACAGGGCGAGUAUUUAAACGUCGCGUGUCGUGCCAUGUCACAACACAAGCACAUAUUGUUCUACUAAUUUCCCCCUACCUAAACUAAAAAGUGGAAUAUCUCGUCAACGGAUUGACGUCUACUUAUAGAAUUAAGAAUAUAGAUUCUCAUUUGAAUUUCAAUAGCGGCCUCUUAAAACCCACUUAAAAAAUAUAAUUCCAAAAAAAAUAUUAUAGAUUAUGUUGGUUAAGUUACCUAACCUAACCCAACCUAACCUUUUAAAUGUUUAUAAAUUGGAACUCUUUUGAAUUAUACAUUUUUCUCUAUUUUGAAUAUUUUCAUGAUAAAUGGUUGUAUUAUAAAUUUUGAAUCAUUUUAUAUGUAUAGAUACUGUAUACUUAAUUUAAGUAAAUACAAAAAAAGUUAUUCACCUAGACCACAGCACGUGUCUCAUAAAAAAUUGAAAUAGCAAUUAAUUAUAAUAAACAUUUGUUCAGUAACCGAAAUUCUCAGUAAAUUAUUCAUCAGUGAACAUCAUUGACAAAUUAACUAUAAUUAAAAAGUAAUAAAAAUAUAUUACCAUUUAAAAUAAUAACAAACUAAAAUUUCAUCAUCAAGAUAAAACGAACUUUUAAAUUUUAUUUAAUUGUAAAAAAUACUCAUAUGUAUAUGAACAUGUUCUAUAUGAACAAAUUAACCAGCAAGGUUAGAUGACGAAAUCAUAUAUUAACUAGUAGAUUAUACUAAAAUUCAAAUUCAACUAUUUUACUAGAAACCAAAACAAUGAUAAUAGAAAUAAUUAUUUUUCUGUUUAUGAAUUUCUGUGACCAGGUGGAUAUCGAAAAUAAUUUAUUGUUUAAAAAUAUAUCUCAUCAGAAAUCAGCUACAACUUGAGACGAAAAAAAUUUAUGGUCUCCGUCAAUUCUAUCUUUUCAUAGCUCGAAUUUAUUUAAAAAAUUAGUAUACUAGUUACAGUCCAAUUUUGGCGCCAUUAAAUGACUUAAGUACAGUUGAAAUAUUUUUCUUCAUGUAGUAAUUGUAGUUAUUAAUUAUUUCAUACUUAUAAUUAUUAUUUUAUUGUUAAUUAUUUCUUUUCAUUUUGUAUUUACUUGGCUAAAUAUGUUACAUAAAAUAUAUGAUCAAAAAAAAAAAAAUAUUACACAAAUUUGCACAUUGCUACGGUUCGUCUGUGAACAAAAUAUUUUUAAAAUGUUGUUAACACGCUAACAGUUAACAAUAUUAUAUUAAAUAUAAUGUAUAUCAUUUAAAAAUAAUAUGAGUACAUAAUAUCAAUAAAGCCAUGGGUACUAUAGAUAUAUUUUUAUAAUGUAUAUGUAUUUUUUUUAGACAAAAAUAUGGAGAAUCUAACAAAUUCUACUAAAGAAGACCCUAUGAUGAAGGUAAUUAUAUGCUACAAUCAAACAUUUUCUUUAAUCAAUAUAAUAACGAAAAUGAUAAUAUUAUUUCCUAAUUUAAAUUUGUGAUAAGGAUAAUUUCAGGAUUUUGAUAUCCUUUUGAAACACAUAUUUUUUUUCCUCUUUCUUCUCUCUUCUUUCUCUAUUAACUAUUUGGGGUCAGCCACCUAAGCUUUCAUUUAACGCGAUCUCUCACCUAGCACACACCGGUUGUUCUCAUAUCUUUCUCAAUCGAAUCCAACCACCUUUUUUUCGGCCUUUUUCCUCCUAAAUUUAUUUGCAUUACAAUUUAUUUUGCUUCUGAUUCCUCUCUCCUCGUUACACGCCUAAACCAUUAAGGGCUAUUUUCUCUCAUUAUGUCUACUAUCGAAACUAUGAAUACGCUACUUCUUAUUUACACUUUCCUUGUUUAUCUACUUGCAUCACUCCAUUCAUCCACACAUUCUUAUCGCAGCUUAACUCGUUCUCUGAUGUAUUUUCCUGUCUAUCACCCAACACGCUUAGCAAUAUAACAGUCACUGCAUUAUCGUAAAACUUAUCUUUAAUUCUCAUUGGAAUUUUUCGUCACAUAAAAUAUAUUACGCUUCUCCUUUAUCCAACCGCACAUAAUUCUAUGUUUUACAUCCUCAUCAAAGGCAUCGUUCUUUCAUACAAAAGAUUUUAGAUAUUUAAAACUCUCAAUCUUAUUUAUUAGAUCACCACUUAUUAUCAUUUUAGCAGUCUUGUCCUGUUUUUCCAAACUCAUACUCGAUAUACUCUGUUUUGCUUAAACUUAUACUUAUCCCUUUUCUUCAAGUGCUACUCUCCAUCACUCAAGUCUAUUUUUAAUUUCUUCCAGAUUUUCUCUUAUCAAAGCUAUAGCAACUACAAACAUCAUGCACCAUCGUGGUACCUCUUCUCACCUGUUGUCGCCACACACUUCCGAGAUAGGACAAUUUGCCAAAGUCUCGUUUAAAACUUCACAGUCCCCAUACUGUUUACCAGAAGUUUACACUGGCUGUGACCUGACUUAGCCGCAUUUGUCACUUCUAAGUUCUUACGAUAGUUAAAGGUACAGUGGGAGUAUUUUAAUCCCUUUCCACGUAGAGAAUGGUAUUAUCAAAUAUAAGUUAAACUCCUCUACACUAUAGAAACUGUACCUACUGGAAUCACCCAUUUUGGUUUUCCACCAGCUGGACUUUGGCAUCCUAUUUUCGAUACACUCGUAGCAACUUGGUUAGGUCAUCAUGUGCCCCCGUGAAGUUUAAAAACAUAUUACACUGUUUACCUAAAUACUUCAAUUUAUUUAAUUUUAAUUACACAUUAAAUAUAAACAAAACAGCAAAUCGUGAGAAUUGUACGCAUCGUUGGGUAAUAUAAUUUAUUUUAUUUAUAACGCGUCAUGUAUAUUUUAUUGUUUAGAACUCGUCGAAUCGUAUUUUGAUAAAAAACGGAAUUGUGGUCAACGCGGACAACAUUAUGAAGAAUGACAUUUACAUUGAAGAAGGCAUCAUUAAGUGUGUACAAUUUUUUAUUCUUAAGAAAACAUAAGUAAUAUCCAUAAUUAUAGAGUGAAUUGAUCUAUCAUCCAACUUAAAGAUAAAACUUAAUUUAUAUGUGUUUGUACAUCAGAUACAUUUCCGAUAUUUUAAUUUUUAAGCGAAACAUAAGUGUGUAAAGUAUUAUAAUUUAAAAAUGCUUAAAUCUUAUAUAAAAAUUCAACUAUCGAACAAACCAACGAUGUAUAAACACAGAUAAUGUUCUUGCUUUUAAGUUUAAUAAUAAAUAAAUUCACUCGUAACAUACUAUCUAGAACUCUAGACGGACACCACACAUGCGAAUAUUACGUCCUCCUCUAAGUAAUACAAAUAUAUUUUCAAAUACUGGUAAUUUUAAAAAACAUAAUAUGGUCUUAUUAUAAUAAUAUUAUUUUAAUGUUCUAUUGUUUGAAAAUCAAACAGCUGAAUAAAAACUAAAUAUAUUUUCUAAUUUUUUCCCCUCGAGUAAUUCAAACACUUAACUAUAGUGUACCUAUUUUUCCUUCAAUACAAUCUUUAUUUCGUUUGUUAUUAUAAAAAAAAUAAUCUUAAAUAAGGUUACGGACUUACGCGGUCAUGUGAAAAAUCUGAAAGUAGUGUCAAAAAUCGUUUACAUACAUAUGUAUUCAUAAUUAUGAACGAGUGUUAGUGAUUUUUAUCAGUUUUUGAAUUUAGUUUUCUUUUAAAUUGUUUCUAUUUCGCUGAAUUGCAUUAGGUAUAACAUAUAAUAGGUAUGCAAAACAAAUAAAUACACUCGUAUAUAGAAAAAUAACAAAAUAAAGUCUGGAGUAUUAUAAAAGUUAUAUGUAAAUAGUUUCAAUGUAAAAAUCAUCAUCAAAUAAUAGAACAGCAAAGGCGAAAGAAAUAAUAACUACGUGUAUUUGAUAUUCUAUUACCUGAUGAUGACUUUUUUUUAAAUCGGAGCCGGUCAUAUUUACACAAAAACUUAUAAACUUAUAAGUUAUAAAAACCCAAGGUUUUUUUGUUUAUAUUUUCUUUAUACAUUUAUUCAUUUGUUUUCUAUAUAUUUAUAUAUAAAUGUACGUGUGUGUGUGUGUGUAUUUUUAUAUUUUAUAUUUUAUUGUUUAUUAGUCUAAACAUUUUUUUUUUUUUUUGUAUUAUACAAAUUAAACGCAUACUCGUAUUACUAUAUAAAUUGAUAAUAUACAGUCAAACGAUUAUACUAGCUAUAUAGUAUAAACCUACUAUUAUACUGUAUUAUGCUGAUGCAGUGAUGCACAUUCAUAAAAAUAAAAGUCUAAAACUAUUACGUUUCGCAUUUUUAAUUCCGAUGUAUUAUAGGAAACUUAUUAUGUAUUGAUUUUCUGUUGUUGCAUCGCUGCUGCUGCGUUAUACUUAUAUAUUUUCAAGUUUCGCAAACACUAUAAUAGAAUAACGUAAAUCGUUUUAAAAGUUUCAUAAUAAUAUGCAAUGUAUAUUAUUAUACCUAGGUCGGUCGACGAUUGUAAUGGAGUUCCGAAACAGACUCAAGAGCAGAAUAACGUUUAAAAAAUAACAAUGCCAUUUUUUUCACUAGAUUUAAAUACAUUUAAUACCGGUUAAAUUGUUCGGCUGCAUAUGCUCGAAAAAUCAUCUAUAAACGUGAUAAAUUUUUGAUUUCUGAUGUAAAACAAUAUUUAAAAUUUCAACCGAAACCUAAUUUUUUUUUUCGGCGAUUUAUCGAAAUUCGCAAUAUCUAUCUAGUCAUAUUCUAUUAUUUUUAGUUUAUACUUGUUAUUUAAGGAUUUUUUUUUUUUUUGUUUACGAGUAAAAUUUCAUUAGAAAUGCAUAAUCAUACUCGAGAUGUAAAUAUUUUAUCUUAAUAAGAAAUCAUUAUUUGUAUUGUACUCUUACUCUAAUUACAGAAUGGUCGGACUCAAUCUUCCUGAACCGGAAGAUACGAGAAUUAUUGAUGCGACAUCAUUUUUGGUUAUGCCGGGUAAUUAUGAAUAUAAAUUAUUUACUGGUUUGUAAAUAAUCACAUUGUUAUAUCCUGUAAAAUGCUUCAUUAUAUAUUUUUUUUUAAUAUCUAGGGGUAGCGUAUAGGCAAUUUUAACUACAUUUUUGAAAAACAAAAAUUUAAAUUGUUAACUCAAAAAUAUUCGAAUUUAUUUUCAAAUAAAUUUAUUUAUAGUGUCGUUUUUCAUUGUUUUAACUAUGCCAACAUGUUUUAGUAGCUUGUUUAUUUAAACACAAACAUAUACUUGAAACCGUAAUAAAAGUGUCUUGAUACAAGAUAAAUUACAAUAUAUUAAACUAAAAAAAAUUACAAGAUUCAAUAUGUAUCUUUAAUAUAUAUUUUCAAUACAUGUAUCUGUGAUAUUGUCUAACGCUAUAAUACAUUAACAAUAUAUAUUAUUUUCAUUAAAUAUAUUUUUCAUUUUUAAACCAGUAUUUGAAGUAUAAAUACUUACUAUAAUACACAAAUACGCUUUAAAAAACAACCAAAUAUGCAAAUAUGCAUAUUAAGCAAAAUAAAAUUUAACAUUCAGAUUUUUUACAUGACGAACAUGUUCAUCAAAAUGUAAGCUUGACUGUACAAUUUGUUUAAUCUUUCAAAAAUAAUAUGCAAAAUAUGCAAAAUAUACGCCGUAUACUCUCAAGAUUUUUUAAAAAUAUUAUGAGUAUAAUGUGUAUACUCUCAAGUCUAAAAAGAUCCGGGAAUUUAGCUCUCAAGAUUAUUAUUGACUUAUCAUUCACUCCUCUGAACCAUAAGUAAAAUAUUUGUAUUAUAUUAAAUGUUUACAUUUUGGUAUUAUUUGACAACUUUGUAUAGUCUCAAAAAAAUUAAUGGGAACACCACUGGUUGGAAGUCCCUAACCCUGUUUAUAAAUUUAAAAAAAAAACAUUAAAUAUACAUAUAAUACUAAAAAUAUUAACAGGUGGUAUAGAUCCUCAUACUCAUCUGGAAUUGGAAUUCAUGGGAGCAGUGUCCGUGGACGACUUUUAUCACGGAACUAAAGCUGCGGUAGCUGGCGGAACGACAAUGAUAAGUACGUAUUAUACGGUGACUACCUGUAUUGUUUUUGGAUUCAUACGACAUAACCCGAUUUAAAAUGUGACCACUUAAACUGUUUAUAGUGGAUUUCGCAUUGCCCGACAAGGAUGAAUCGUUAAUAGACGUCUAUCAUAAAUGGAGGGCACGGGCGACGAAUAAAGUGUGCUGUGAUUAUGCCUUACAUAUAGGUAUCGCCAAAUGGUCGGCUGAGGUAAAUUUUAAAAUUUUAUAUUUUCUCGCUAUAAAACUCCUGUCUGAAUCAUUUAUAUUAUAAAGGCGUUUUAAAACCAAACGAUGCCGAAAUGAUUAUGAAUUGUAGCCUGUUUGUCAUCUAUACCAAACUUAAUGCAAACAUUUUUCUACGAAUAUGGUUUUUUGAUAUUUUUUGUCGGAAUCGUUUUUUAUUUCCAAUGAUAUUUUGUCAUUGCUUUCGUAAUAAUAUUUGAACUAAAUAAUAAUAAGCGCUGGUGUAUAUUUUAUACCUCUUCCUGAUUUAUUCUCACAUAUAUAUGUAUAAUACAACAGAAGCCUACCCACUGUGCGAAGUGAUAAUAAUAUGUUUAAUGUUAAUAAAUUAUUCAGGUUAAAACCCAAAUGGAAGAACUGUGUAAAGUGUAUGGCGUAAACUCGUUCAAGAUGUUCAUGGCGUAUAAAGGAGUUUACAUGUUGAACGAUACUGACCUAUAUAACAGUUUCGAGGCGUGCAAAAAUCUCGGUGCGAUUCCGAUGGUGCACGCCGAAAACGGAGACAUUAUAUUUGAAGUAAGUGUCAUCGUUAUAAUGCAACACGUGACUUUCAAAAAUAUUUGACACAGUAAACAAUAAUAAGUAACAGUUAUGAAAUACUAAUUUUUUAAAUUUUGUUUUUUCACUCGAGAAUACAAAGCGAUUGCUGGACUCCGGUAUAACAGGAGCUAACGGGCACGCCCUAUCUCGUCCCGAAGAAGUUGAAGCUGAAGCCGUCAACAGAGCGUGUGUAAUAUCGAAACAGGUACCAUUAAUGUUUUGUUUUCAUUUCGUUUAAAAAACUGUUUAAUAUGACAAAAAAAAAACACUACAGAACAGCAGGAUCCCAAUAGAGUUGAAUUUUUCCUCACCUAAUUUGUGUUACAGAAAAAAUUAACUGCAAAACAACAAAAUAUAACUGAAUACUGCAAUACUACACUAUACUUCUCAUACUUUGAUGAUAAAAAUGGUAGGAUUAAAAGCCGAAAUUCCCAAAAGGAACAAUUUUGAUACUACUUAACACCAUGCAUAUACAAAAUACCACCUCAAUGGCUUUAUUUGUAGCGACCUAGACAGUUAAAACAAAACAAAAAAAAAAAAAAGACCCUUCUACAGAAUGGUUUAAUUCAUAUUUAAAUUCAACUUUUAUCGCUUCAUUUUGCGAUUCUGUCCAUAAAACAACUUUAAUUCCCGUGUUUGAGCUGAUUUCGUCCAGAGAGAGCCAUUAAAAGUAUCGAACCAUAGCGGGGGGCAAAAACAUACAUUGUACACUCGUGUGUUAUACCCUAACAAACACAAUACCAUCGGUACAAUAGCAUAUAUUUUCUGGGAAAAUUCGACAAAGACGUUAUUAUUAGUCAUAGUCGAAAUAUGAUACUACGUUUUUCUUUGUAGGUCGGAUCACCGUUGUAUAUUGUGCACGUAAUGAGCAAAUCGGCGGCUAAUAUUUUGGCAGAACACCGUACCGCUCAAAUCAAAGAAGAAGGAAGAACUAAAAUUUUCGGCGAAACGUUAGCCGCCGCUGUCGGAACGCAUUGGGAUGAAAAUAAAAUUAAUUGUUGGCACGACGCUGCAGCGCACGUUUUAAGUCCGCCGUUAAGAUCGGAUCCAGACACUCCGCAUUUUUUAUUGAACUUAUUGGCAAAGUAAUUAUUUCAGCAAUUGGGUUUUUGAUUUAUUUUUUUUUUUUUUUUUUACUUAUCAUAUUAUGUUUAAUAAUAAUAUCAGCGUAUGCUUGGCGAAGGAGGCCAUAUAGGAACCGAGUAUCCCGACUUAAUUUUGUAUACAUUUUUUAAGCGUUACGCAUAGAACUGUAAUCGUAUUACUAGGUUCUACACAUUUAAACUUUUUUGUAUACAUAUAACAUAAGAGUACUGAGUACCCUUCUAUGUACUAUAUUUCCUCUUAAAAUCAAGCGUUGAUUUAUAUUGUAUACUGAGGGAAUUGCGUGUUUCUUAACCUCUUCCCGCAUAGUAGCAUACUCAACAGUAUUCCAAACAGACUUAAUUUUACCCAUUAAGAAACACGACCAACAAAACAAUUUUUGUAUAUAAUGACUUCCACAUAACCAAGAGUGUUGUUGUUAUAAAUUUGAAUUAAAUGAACUAUAGAAUACCUUACUUAGUUUUUUGUCAUGAGUCAAAACUGACAACAUCGAAAUAGGCCUCUGGUCUACUUACUUUUAGAAAAUCAUUCUUACUACCAGAAUUCCAACAUCGAAAUGGCGUUUUCAACAACAUGACAAUCUCGUCUGUCACUGGAUUCAUAAUAUAAAUCUUGAAUAAAAAGCACGACGACACGCGCAAACGAAUUUAAACGAACCAACACGAGCAAUGAUUUGAACAUGACAGAAAUAUAAACUAAUAUUAAAAUCGGUUUUAUUAGGCACUGACAGCAUCUAAUAUCAGCCUAAUGUCUACGUUUGUUUACGCAAUAAUUAUUUCGUGCAUUUCUUAACGGUUUAUCGCUAUUUUUGGUAAUAAACACGGAAUAAUAUUAUACAAUAAUAAAAUAAAAUAUAAUUCAUUUCCUCACCCUCAAAGCCACCACUAUGAUAUAAAAGAUUUUUAUAGUGUAAAAAAAAAAGAAAUAAUCUCGUGAGAAAUGGUUAAAAGGAGUGUUGGACUUGGAUUUGAAAAUUAUAUUUCCAAACACUUUAAUUAGAUAUAAUAAAUAAAUAUAUAAAUACCAAAUUUAUAUAUAAAAAUAAAAUCUAAUAAAAGAAUGAAUGCGUCGCCUGGAGUAUUUAUGAUAAGUGUAUUACACAAGACUAUUAAAUAUUAACAUUAUUAACUUUAAUUAGGGCUCGAAUAUGACCCAUUUUUAUUUUUAUGGUUUUUGGUUAUAUUUAUAGUCAUAAAUCAAGGUUCAAUGUGUAAGAGGUUAUUCUCUUUCAAAAAUAAAUAUAUACAUGUAUAAUAUAUAUAAAAAUAUAUGUCCAUAUCCGUUCUAAGACAAAACAGUUACCGUUGUAAACCAUGUUUUGAGCAAAAAAACAUCUACGCAAGCACCUUAAUACAAAAAUUAAAAAUAGUUGAGUUUUUAAUUAUAAAUCGUUCCGACUUUUUAAUUAUAAAUGUUAAUAAUUUUUUAUUAGCAAUUUUUAAUAAUACUUUAAAAACUACAAGCAAGACCCUUAAUAAUAUUAUGUUAAAAUGUUUUAGCGAUGCGUUACAGACAACUGGUAGUGAUAACGCGACAUUCAACGCCAAUCAAAAAGCCUUGGGUGAAAAUAAUUUUAGUAAAAUACCCAACGGCGUGAACGGAGUAGAAGAUCGUAUGUCCGUGAUUUGGGAAAAAGGAGUAGAGUCAAACAUGUUUGACCCAUGUCGUUUUGUCGAAAUAACCAGUACAAAUGCUGCGAAAAUUUUCAAUAUUUAUCCAAGAAAAGUAAGAUUAUUUAAUUGAUACCCUAUACAAUAAUAUAAAUUAAAAACGAUAUUCCUUGCAAAUUGCAUUUUUUUCUACCGUGUGACUAAGUAAACCUAGGAAUAUUUUCGUUUAAAGCUAUCCGAGCUAGCGAGUUUCCCCGCCGGAUCUCCAGGCACACCUAAAAUACAUUUGGUUUUCCCCUGUUACUUAUCUGACGUGAUUUUACAAAAAAAAUCUAGGAUUUUUUGAUUUAAAACAGCUCUAGAGAGCGUUUAUAAUAAACUGUUAAAAAUUAUUUUUUUCAUCUAUUUUGAAUUUUUAAUGAAAAGUUAUAAUGAAGAUAAUGAAUAUAUAAUGACGGAGAUCAUAAUUUAUAAGAUAUCUAGUAAUCGCAAACCACAAUAACAGGAUUGAUAUACUUUCGAUACCUAGCUAAAUUAAUUAAAGGAAAGUAUAAUAUAAUAUUAUAUUCAUAUUUUUCCAAAUCGCGCAAUAUGUUUAUCGUAGGUUUUCAUAGAACUCUGUAGGUAUUUUCUUUUAAAAUAAGUUCUAUGGAAAUUUCAAGUAUUUACUUCUAGUCCAUUGGAAAUCACUAGUUACCCUUAAAUAUUAACUCUCUUACCACUCCGUUAACCUUUCUCAUGUUCAAAACUACUUUUAAAUGAGUGGUAGUGCAGUAUUGUCAGAUUAGGGAUUUCACUCCUAAAUUUGGAGGUAUUAUUUCUUACUGUGGUAAUUCUUAGGGAACCAUAAAUGUCGGGGUAUUUUUUUUGAAGUUCUCCAGCAGUCAAAAAUUUUCUCUGUUAGUGAGAGUUAGAAUACACCCACAGUAUUGCAUGUCCGUCGCAAGAGGCAACCAAAAUCGACCAAUCAAUAAGCAGCAGCAUUGUUUUUUAUCAAGUAUAGAAUUAUAUACACUUGAAUAGCACCCCUUAUAAAUAAGAAGUACUACUGCAGCCAUGAAAAAGGCUGCGGGAAACCACUGCAUUAAUUCUCCCAACAACAAAACAAUGAAAGUUAAACAUAAGAAUGAUAGAGUACAAGACAAUGGGAUUCUAAACCCGGAGUCCGGCAGGGGAAGACAGUGCAUUACUUUCCAGGUCGUCAUCGCGCAAAAUCUAACUAUAGCAAAACCAAAAACUAGAUAAUAAUAUUAAAAGUAAAAUCAUAAACAAAAAUACACCAUUUAAAAUAAGAACAUAGGACGAAAAUUCGAAAAAUUUGAAGAACCUAAACAACAAAUCAAAUCAACUGGUUAUUUUAGGAGUUUGUGAAGCUAGAGUGAUAAUGAGGAUUUCUGGAACAAUGAUUUCAAAGUAAUACGUAGUUGAGACAAAUAAGGGAAGAACGGAGCUAAAAUCUUAUUAAACAAUGAACGGGGUCAACGAGUAGAAAACACCUAUUCUGUGAAUGACAGAUUAUUGCUAAUAAAAUUUAAAACACUCCCAGUAAACAUGAUAGUUAUUCAGAUAUACUUAUCUAAUGAAGAAGACGACAAAAUUGAACAAAUGUAUGACUCCAUUGAAAGAACUACUAGGAAUAACCAAAGACAACGCUAAUGUAAUUAUUAUGAGUGAUUUCAAUACAGUUGUAGAAAACAGCCAUAAAUUAUGUAUAAUUCAGAAAACAUCACUAAAAUCGUUGCGGUUCUUGGAUGCCUCCCACUUAAGUAUUCUCCGUCAAAAAUCUUAACUGCACUGCUAUCAUCCGCCUGUCAUGUCAUUGCCAGUCAAUAUUAUCUUAGUUCAUAAUUCUAGAUAACUACCACGCUUAAAAAUAUAAUAGUUGCUCGACCAGCUGUCAUAAGCAAUAUCACAUAAAAAUUGAAAUUUCUCGCAGGAACAGCUGCUUAAUUGACUGAAUGCGCGCUCUAUCUGUAAAAAUAAUGUUAUAUUAAAACAAAUUUACAUUAACAAACACAUUUUGUGAAUUUCAAUAGCGUCAUAUUGAUAUAAUAUAGUACAUAAAUAUUUCAUUGCGAUCUACGAGCGCUACAGAAUUGUUUUACCAUAGAAGUAAUUAAGGAGACAACAAUUUCAUAGCUCAUUAGGUAACCAUUAUAUCUUUAAUUGUGAUAAAUAUUAAAUUACUAAGCACAUAGGUUAUGCCACACACCCGGUAUACGUAACGAUUUACAUUCACUCUUCGACUACCUAUCCCGUUACUCUCAUCGCCCCUUACCCGGUCCAUUAACAGUAUAUCCAACUUAUGUUUUAUAACAUUCAUAGCUAAGGUGUUCAUAAAAGUAUUAAUUAAACGCGAAUAGUUUCUACAAGUUAUAACUAGUACAGGGAUAUACAUGCAUUUUAUUAUCGGUUAAAAAAUGUCAUGCUGUAACACCAUAAUAAAUAAUAAUUCAAAAAAUUAGUAACUACUAUAAGAUGAAAUUUUAUAAAAUAUGUCUAAGGGUUGCAUUGGUGUUGGUUCAGAUGCGGAUAUUGUAAUCUGGAAUCCAAAUAAGAAGCGCACUAUUUCUGCAAAAACUCAUCAUCAGGCAGUUGAUUAUAACAUUUUUGAGGUAAAUUUAUUAUAAUUCUAUACAUAAUAUUAUAUAUUUAUAUGUAUUGCAUAGAAACAAAAUAAAAACAUAUACAACUUUCUAAGUUAAUUAAUUCUAUAAAAUAAUUUAUAAUUUUACUCAUUUUAGGGAAUGGAAUGUCAUGGUGUUCCUGAAUAUGUAUUGGUGGGCGGUCGUGUUUGUGUAGAUAAUGGAGUUUUGAAAGUUUUUAAAGGACAAGGAAAGUACAUUCCUACUCCUACGAAUUCUCAAUUUGUUUAUAACAAGCCUAAUACAUUUUGUUAAAUAUAUUAUACUAGAUACACAGAUAAAACAAUUAUUCUAGAUAUACAGUGAAUUUAGAUUUAAUAAAUAAAAUAUAAUCUUUAUAUAUAUAUAUAAUUCUACUGUACGUGUGUAUGUCACUGAACUCCUCCUAAACGGCUGGACCGAUUUGAAUGAACUUUUUUAUAUGCGUUUGGGUGACGCCUUGGAUAGUUUAGAUUCACAAAUCAACCCGGAAAAUGGCGCUGCAGUCGGUAUCUAGGUUAUUGAUCUAUACUGCAUA